CGUGAGUUCAUCUGAUCCUCAUACUGUGAUCCUCACCAUGUGUGUAAAGCGUGAGCUCAUUGUGAAUGCUUCACACUCCGGUCCAGUUGGCGGUGGUAAAUGCACCAUCUAAGCUGGUCUUCCAACCACCAUAAAACAUGUAAAGAAGAAGAAAAAGUUGUGCAUGGUAUUGUUACACCGCAGAAAUGUAUCGAAUUUGUUUAUUCGGUGAUGGACAGACAUCUGUUGUACCAAUCAGUUGGAUUUUUGAUGACAAUGGAACAUUGAAGUGUCGAUGGACAUCAUCACUCUCAAACAUUAAAAACAAUUCUCCACCAAACCCUAACUGGAAGGUUUAUGACAUUGUGAAGAUCGUUGGACCAUCAAUUGGAGACUAUGAUCAAGCAAAUCAAUACAUCUCAGAUUACACAACUGGGGUCUCAGCAGCAGAGGACUCAAUUACUUAUUCAAUGACAGACCCUGCAGUUGUGGAAUUACCUGAGAAGAGAAAAAGGAAAAAUAAGCUCUGUGAUGAAAGUGACAUCAAUUCAGAGACAUCUUCCUGUGAAGAUGAUAUGAACUUGAAGCAGUCAGGAAAUGAAGUGAAGCAAUCUGGUCUGAAGUCAAGAAAUGUCCCACUGCCCAAACCUCCUAUAUACCAUGAUACUCUUCAGAGAAGUGGGAAAAAAGAUGAGGAUGAUCCCAAGCCCACAAGCUCUGAUGUCUCAGAAUUUCAUGAUCUUCAACAACAUCACAUGACUUAUAAAGAAAUUCCAGUGCAAACCAGGACACCAGGGGCCUCAUGUAUAAAACUUUGCGUAGAUUUCAUCCUUAAAGUGCACGUGCUUAUAGCUUACCCCAAUCUCCUCCCGAAAUAA